UGAAAAAAUAAACACAAAACAUUCAAUACCUUAAUUAUAAUAAUUUGGCUAUUUUUCGUUUUGGGGGCUUUUAAAGAUAAACAUGAUGAUACAUAAGGGGUUAAUAUUAAUGUUUUUUAAGGCAUUAAAAUUCUGUCAAGUGUCAAAGGUCGAUACACUUACGAUUUUUACACGGUUGAGUCGGUCUAUUCUGAUUUUUUCAAUCUCCAGAUCUUUGACUUUGAGAGAAAACACCAAGAAUCUGUUGUGAGGACGGACCACUUUAACGCCAAGUGUCUGGAGCCAGGAGCAAAUGCCGUGGACCAUUUCUUCAAAAGCCUUAUCUAGUGCCCAGAGUCCUCUGCCUUUAAAGACUGUGCCCUGCCCUGGUGCUCUCUGGCUGUCUUCUCAGCCACUGGCUGGUGCAUGAUGGGAAGUUCCAGCGUCGGUCAGUGUUGUGGGCUCGUCUGGGCCUUCUGUAGAAUUGGUGCUCACAAGUGUUGCCAGAAGCUGUGCUGCAGAAGCGAGUCCCCACCUCGACCCCAGUACACAGUCGUCUGUCUGGGUCUCUCCGGUGCCGGCAAAACAACUCUUGUCACCCUGCUGUGCGGGGAGAAGACGGAGGAGAUUGUCCCUACAGUUGGUUUUCAAACAGGAGGUGCUAACAUUCAGCCACACUGGCAUCGAUACUAUGAGGGCACAGAGGGUAUCGUGUUUGUGCUUGACAGUGCAUGUUCGGAUGAAGCCUUGCAGCAGGUCUCUGAGGUCUUGUCAUCCACCCUGACCCACCACUCUCUCCAGGGUCUACCUUUACUGAUACUUGCCAGCCAUCAGGACAAACCGACAGCCCGCAAUAAAGACCAGCUCACGGAAGCCCUCAACCUUGACAGCCUCAAAGACAGCCACGAGGUGGUUCUCCAGCUGUGCUCCCGCGACGACCUUCCCGGCGUCAGAGAGGGUCUGGACCGCCUCGCUCAGAUACUCCACACGACAGCAGACCACGAAGACAACAGAGUAUGAGGUCUCCACAAGUUGGCUGGUGAGCCAAGUUUAGCUGGAGCUAGAGCUUAUUGUCACGAGUUGAUGGAAGUCGAGAGACGAGUUUUCUGAGGAGUUCAAACCGAAGCCUUUAUCUUAACAAUAAUAUUGUCCCUGGGUAUUAUUGGCUCUCUAGGCUUAAUCUAGGAUUGAUUGGAUAUUCCUAGGUGCCAUAUAUGAAGCAAGGCUGUAGAGAGUUUGUCAAAUUUCAAUUGAAACAUCUGAAAAGGGUAACCUGUCGACAGGUGGGCCUGGAUGAUUAAAGUUGGCACUUGGACAACCAGCGGGGUGAUGGUCUGGAAAGAUUGGAGUGACAAGCUGUGUAUUUGGAAGACAGGUGUCGUCAUUACUUAGAAGCUGAUACCAUUUAACCUCAUUCAGAUAGCAUUCCUAUGUUUUAUUGACCCUAUGCUCUAGAUGUUUUUGCUAAGACUUUGUGGGGGAAAACCAACACAGUCGAACCACGUUAAUAAGAGGUCCUUCGGUCGGACUUGGCCAAUUACCUUAUUAUAAGAGGAAUCUUGUAUUAUCAGGAAUAAAAACAAUGAAAAACGAGGGAGUGGGACCCCGAAAUGUCCUUGUUGCAAGCAGCAUCUUGCAUUAACAAUGUAUUAACAGUUCUUAACGAGGUUCGACUGUAUUACAGUGGCAAGACAAUACCUCACUGAGUCUUUCAAAGUUAAUGGGGGAGAAUGUGGAGGAAAUGGAGGAAUUGGGGUACAGUAAAUAUUAUAUUGCAUUUGGAUUCAGCAGGCCCUGAAGUUGAGUACCAGAGGAAACAAUGUUUUCUUUUGUAUAUUUAAUGAGAAAUAGAAAUUUCUCUCUAAACAUGUCAAUAGAAUUAUAUGGCAAAGACGUCUUUUAGAGCACUCAUUUUGCUUGCUGUUUUUAGAGCACAACCCAUGCUUUGUUAGGUUCUGUAUUUUUAUGGUUUUUUCCAGUAAUCCAUUUUUGUGGAGGGGUGUAACAAUUUCAUUUUUUUCCCCAUGAUUUGAUACAUUUCAUGAUGAUGAGGUCACAAUACCUCUCAUGAGCUGAAGAUGUUGAAGUUAUGGCAUGGUGCUUGGCAUAUACGUGUGUAUUCUUUGUGUACAUGCAAAACUCGUCCACAUGCCAUGCAUUUUCAUUGGAUGCGGUGUGCACAGCCAUCUCCGACUGCUAUAUGUACAGGUGCAUCCCUUUCCUUGUUCUCAACAUUUGUGGUAGAGGCUUAACAUUAAAUGGUCAAAGUUUACACAAUUUAUUUGAUGUAUUUUGGUCUUAUUUAGACUUCUGUUUAGUCCUGGAAAUAGUCUUAACUUUUGAUAAAAAUUUGUUUGAAAGGCUCAGUGCCACAACACAGUUUAUAGUAUCACAAUAUGCUAUUGUGCAUGCGUCAAUGUAUUUUUAUACACCUGUUGUUACAUGUUUGGGUAAAAGUGUUUGUAGUCUUAUGUCAUCUUUCCUUCGACUUGUUAGCAAAAUUUUAGCUAAAAGAAGCUUGGUUUCUGAGAAAGCCAUAAAUAACACGUCGAUGCGAUGCGUAUCACUAGGACUUCAGACAGAUUGAUGUGUCCACCCAUGCCAAUAUACCUGUUGGAUACGCAGAUUCCAUGUCAUGUUUAUGAAGUUGAUGCAGUGCCAAUGUAUUAAUGGUUAAUGUUAAGUUGGGUGGGGGUGGCUGUUGAGUUGGUGCUUUGGGAUUUUUGUAGCUAGGGCUGUAUUCAUUACAUUUGUCCAUCUGCUGUAUAGUAAAGCAUGCUGAAAUUGGACUUUUAUAAAGUGUUCUGUUAUGUGUACGUGUGUGCUGUACACGCAUUAUAAAUGUAUAGUGUAAAUCAACUACUGGAAGCCAUUAAUGCGGUUACAUAAGGCUCAUGGACAGGUGGUACGGGUGCGUUACAUGCCUCUUCAAGCAAAAGAGUGUCGUGAUUUGCAAAAUCCACACAUGUUAAACUGAAGAAUGUUCGUGUGAGUGCGAUUCCACAGCCGUUACUGCAUUUAAUGGGAUUAGUUUACAGGUGUUUGUGUGGACCAAAAGUCCAUCUUAAAGCUUUCCAGUAAUGCUUAAGUCAGUAAGGAAAGUUUAGGGCUUUCAAAAUACUCAGAGAGGGAUAUCCCCAGUAUAGGUAAUGUCUGUCUGUAGUCAUUUUGUCAUCUUUUGUUGCGUAAUGUAAACAGUUUCCUUUCAUAGUUCAUAAAACAACUGUUGUAAAAAAAGAGUUUUUAUAAAUGCAUGUUUUAGUGCUACGUUUAUAUUUCUGAUGUCAUGCAGAUGUUGGGAUCCAAAAAAUCUGAAGGGUCUUUGAUUUGACGACAUUAUCAGAUUUAAAGGUUUUCAUUGGAGUGCGGGUUGCUGAGUAGAGUUUUUCAAUGGCUUCAUUUAUGGUUGUUUGUUAAUCCUGAAAUAUCUAUUCUUUUUUGUCAUUUUAAAAGUGUUUGUAAUGUAUGUAAGUGGUUCAUGUAUGGUUUGCAUACAUGUACAAGUCUCUCUUAUAGAACGCUUUCACAGAGCACCACCUUUGUGGGAAAAUUACUACCGUGUGUUCAACACCAUCAGGUGCAUUUGUGCGAAUGUUGUAUACACACGAGCGCCUGUUCAUUUAAUGAUCUUUGAAAUACGGCCUAGCCAAUGCACAUCACAAAAAUUUGAUGCCCAAUAUGCUAAUACAUGUGGCAAUCUGCAGGAAGUGAUGUCAUUAGAGAGACCUAUAGUUUAUAUUUGUUUGCAUUGUUUCCAUGUAUAUUGUUGAAUUGGGAGAGCUGAUCACCCAGAAGUCUUCAGGAGAGCGAUAGCAAUCAUAGAAUGGUCGAGUACCAGCCAGUUCUUCCUGGAGUUCAUCACCUGUGUGUCUGUAUUUAUGAGUACUUGGAGUGCGUUUAAUUAGCUUACACAGGAAAGCCCUAACCUGGGGAUGGCCAUGUCUCUGCUCAUCAAAAAAACGAGAGGGUAGGGAUGAGGUUAAACCUGGGUCAACUCAUGGAAGUUAAUCAAACACACCCAUAGUUUGGCCGAGGACAACUCGACUUUUUGCCACAAUGAUGGUACAGAUGCCUUAAAUGAUUAUCACUCCGGAAUAUAUAGCCAAAGUGAUGCUUCGAGGGAUCAUCAUGCGCACUGAUGUGUCGUAGUCAGGAGCAAGUGUGUUCAUGUUUUGAAUAUAAUGCAACCAGUUUCAUGAUGAGAUUCUGCCAUGUGCAUGUGAGCAGAUGUGGAUAGUAGGAGGCUUUUUGAAGACUCUAUCCAAAGCUCGGCGCUUGGUGCCAUCGGUAAGCCACAGCAAAUAGCCAUAGCCUGAGGCCAACAUUGCCCAUUUCAGACACAAUCUCACACAUGUGCAAUUAAGAACUGUGGAAGUGCUGACCCUGUAGCAGGCAAAUUGAGCCUACUGCGUUUUCCAUCAGUACAUCUUUGGUCUUUUUGUCAGUGUGGGCUUAUUUUGCAUAGAUGACCAUCAGUGAGCGUGGUCAGUAACCAGUGGCAUAUCCAGGUCUUGAUGGGAAGGGUUGGGGGAUAAAAUGUAAUUUUUUUCUGAAAUGACUGUCCAAAUGGUUUCAUCCCCCACCCCACUAUGCCACCGUCGGCUAAAGCUUCCAUUCAAAAUUUAUGCAUUUAUGCUUUUGAUGUAUUCGAUGAUAAUAAUGGAGGCAUCUUCAUUUUGGAUACUGCUUGUUAAUAAUUCAGUGUUUUUGAAAGUGACAACUUUUUUUCUACUAUGUGAAUCGUCUACAUAGUAACGUCAACCAUGACUGUCUCAAAGCUCAAGCAAAUUUUCCAUUGCCGUCCUUGUUGUUAGACAUUAUGCCAAUCAGUUUUGGAACAAAUUUUAACAAGAAAUGUGGCUUUUAGAUUUAUUUAUUUAGAGAAGUCCAUAAUGCGAUGUUGCAUGAAUUGUACAUUACAAGCAAUUCCUGCAUCAGUAUUUGUUGUGAAUGGUUAUGUGAAUGAAUAAAACGUGAUUCAGAAAAUGAAAGAGAAGUUCA